GAUCUUCGGGCGGAUCGGGGCGGAAACUACUACUGCCACAGACCUAGAGGUCCCUUUCCCUUGGGGGAACAACCAGCUCUCCCUGCUGUUUCUUUAAGAGCGCAGGAGGAAAGGGGAGGUGCCAGCCUCUGGAGGCUGUGAGUGCUUGAGGAAUACAAGGAAGGAAAUCCUCGCACAAAGCGGAGCUGGAGCGGAGCUGGCCGGACGCCACCCAGCCGCCCCAGCCCCUGUGUUCAUUCAGAGCAGCCAGAUGUGUUUGUGGAUGGGGAGAAGUCUGAGUCGAGCUAACGUUUGCAGAUCAGAGAAGGGGAGUGAGAGAGCAGGGACCCCCUAGUGCUGCUGUUUGGGUGGAUUUUCAGUAAGGAAUGGAAAGGACACCGUAGGCUUGCUGAGGAGUAAGAAGAGGACAAUAGUGAAUGGGAUCCAGUACCAAGUCAUACCUAGAAUGCUUCAAAGGUCGUACACGUUUGUUUUAUGUUUUCAGUAGAGAGCAACCAAGCAGCCUGCCCCUUCCUUCUGUGAUAUACAAGUCAAAGCUGGUAUCCUCAGGAGACAACGACAAGGAUCUCUGCCGUUUUAGGAGAACAUGGGGCAUCCUGCGUUAGAAUUCAGCGACUGCUACCUGGACAGUCCGGAUUUUCGAGACAGGCUGAAAUGUUAUGAGCAGGAGCUGGAGAGAACCAACAAAUUCAUAAAGGAUGUGAUUAAAGAUGGGAAUGCACUUAUCAGUGCUAUAAAAAGUUACUCUUAUGCCGUGCAGAAAUUCUCUCAGACUCUACAGUCCUUUCAGUUUGACUUUAUUGGGGACACACUAACUGAUGAUGAGAUUAAUAUUGCUGAAUCGUUUAAGGAAUUUGCAGAAUUGCUCCAGGAGGUAGAACUUGAGAGAUCAAUGAUGGUCCAAAAUGCUAGUGAUUUGUUGAUCAAACCACUGGAAAAUUUUCGUAAGGAACAAAUAGGCUUCACCAAGGAAAGAAAGAAAAAGUUUGAGAAGGACGGUGAGAAGUUUUAUUCCAUGCUGGAUCGCCAUUUGCAUUUAUCGUCUAAGAAGAAAGAGUCCCAGUUACAGGAGGCUGACUUGCAGGUUAAUAAAGAGAGACACAAUUUCUUUGAGUCAUCCCUGGAGUAUGUGUACCAGAUCCAGGAAGUGCAGGAGAGCAAGAAGUUCAGUAUUGUGGAGCCGGUGUUGGCCUUUCUUCACAGCCUCUUUACAUACAACAACCUGACAGUUGAACUCACGCAGGACUUCCUCCCUUAUAAACAGCAGCUUCAGCUCAGCCUGCAGAAUACGAGGAAUCACUUUUCCAGCACGCGAGAGGAGUUGGAAGACCUGAAGAAAAGGAUGAAAGAAGCUCCCCUGACUUGCAAGCUACCCGGGAAGCCAACCAUAGAGGGUUAUCUGUACACUCAGGAGAAAUGGGCACUGGGCAUAUCUUGGAUGAAAUAUUAUUGCCAGUAUGAGAAGGAAUCAAAGAUGCUAAGGAUGACUCCCAUGGAGCAGAAGCCUGGAGCUAAGCAAGGCACCUCAGACUUGACACUGAAGUACUGCGUAAGGAGAAAGACUGAUUCUAUAGACAAGAGGUUUUGUUUUGAUAUUGAGACGAAUGAAAGGGCCGGGACUAUCACAUUGCAAGCACUUUCAGAAGCUAAUAGACGGCUAUGGAUGGAGGCCAUGGAUGGAAAGGAGCCAAUCUACCACAGUCCCAUCACAAAACAGGAAGAAAUGGAGUUGAAUGAGGUUGGCUUCAAGUUUGUAAGGAAAUGCAUCAAUGCAGUAGAGACCAAAGGGAUCACUACUGAGGGAGUAUACCGAACCGUUGGCAGUAAUAUCCAGGUGCAGAAGUUGCUGAAUGCCUUCUUUGAUCCAAAAUGUCCAGGGGAUGUAGAUCUCCAAAACAGCGACUGGGACAUCAAGACAAUUACCAGCUCAUUGAAAUUCUACCUCAGGAAUCUAGCUGAACCUGUCAUGACGUACCGACUCCAUAAAGAGCUGGUCUCAGCAGCGAAAUCUGAGAACCUAGAUUACAGGCUGGGAGCCAUUCACUCUCUGGUUUAUAAACUACCUGAGAAGAAUAGAGAGAUGUUGGAACUCCUCAUACGACACCUGGUCAACGUGUGUGAGCACAGCAGAGAGAAUCUGAUGUCCCCAUCCAACAUGGGGGUUAUAUUCGGCCCCACCCUUAUGCGGGCGCAGGAGGACACUGUCGCUGCCAUGAUGAAUAUCAAGUUCCAAAACAUUGUGGUUGAGAUCCUCAUCGAGCACUUUGACAAGAUCUACUCCAGCCCACCUGAGGACAGUGCUGCCCCCCCAGUGCCUCCUCCCAGGGUAGCUGCCCGAAGGCACAAACCCAUCACAAUCUCCAAGCGCCCGCUGAGGGAAAGACCUGUCUUCUAUGGUGGUUCCCUGGAAGAAAAUCAAGGUGACACCCGUGAUCAGACUCCUAACGGCACCAUCAUCUCGAAUAGUACAGAAGCCCCCAAGCCGCUACAUCGCAGCAGACUGCCUACACAGAGAGCAGGGGAGGCUGAUCCUGGGAGGCCUGGCUCAGAGAGCAAGCAUGAACAGUCCUCUGAGGUGGUUGUGGGAAAGCUGGUGUCCAAGCUGCAGGAUGGGGGAGCUAAGCUCGCCAACAAGGCCGCAAACGGAGUGGUGACUGGCACCACUGCUCUAAAGACCUCUGUUGUCCAUGCUAAGAGGCCUACUCUGAAGCCCAUGAUAUACAGCAAGGAGGGUGAGUACGACACCUUCACUAAAGUUCGAUCCCCUGGAGAUAAGCCAGUGAUAACACGGCCCCCAGUGAGACCUCCAGACCCUCCGUGCAGAGCUCCCCCACCCCAGAAGCUGGAGCAGAAGCCUGAGCCAAUAGCAGGAGGAGUGGAGGAAAUGCCUUCAUCUGUAGUGGCCUCCAGAACAAAGUUCUUCGAGACAGCUUCCCGGAGGACAAGCAGCUCCUCAUCACCGCAAGGCAGACUCCCAAGUGAUGAGAGCUGAGGAUAAAGGCUUCUAUCCACCUAACCCUGGCUGGCUCCAGGAGAUUUUCCGUGCUUCUGAAAUGGAUUCCCCUGCUCCCCAGACUGUUUCAAUCUGUGUGAUGUGAUCCUGGAGUGCAGCUGUCCUGUUGGACACUGACAGUGGAGCAUACCAUUGUGAAUAGCUCGUGCAGUUAAAAGAGAGGGGAAUGAAAUAGGAGGAAGACCCAGCCCUUGUCCCUGUUAAAUUAAAUGUUUGGUUUGGGCCAUUUUGCCACAGCUCCCCUUGCUCCUGCCUUGGGCAACAUGUAAAGGAUGCUUGUCAUAUCUAAGGAGGGUAAUAAACCAUGGGACUGACAGAGUGGUGAGAGCCGACCUAAUCUACAGAACUGAGCGGCAGGCAGGCCAUGGAAGGAAUAGCAGAGAGUACUGAAAGCAAUCUGCCCUCCAACCCUUUGGAAAUUCCACUCUGGAAAGACAUUGAGCUUGGAUGGAUGUGCAGUCAAAAUGCAAGCGACCAAUACCCAGAGCUUGGGUACCUGGGUAUGACGAGCUGACAUCCUUUUGCUGUUGGAAAGUUCUUGCUAUUGACAUGCUGUUUUAAAAAAACUGGUUUGAGUGCUAAGUAAACCAUAUUGUGUUGUUUCAGUGGUUAAGGCAUUACGAGAAAACUCUGUUAACCAUAUGGGUCCAUGUCCUGGUUCCACUGAAGGCCAGUGUUCAGCCCAGCAUACAUAUAGCUGUGCAAUGUUCAGUCUCCCUACCUUCCCCCACAGACCUAAGGCAGCACCUUGCCCAUUUCUGAUCUUCCUUACAUGCUGAAAAUGUCCCCAAGCUAUUCCCAGGAGCCAGUGUUCUGUUAGUCAGGGGCCUUUGUGGAGCUGCUCCCCGAUUUCCGAUUGCUUGGAAGAAGAGGUUACAUGUUAUUACAAACACCCUUCUAUAAAGUUAGUGGGUCUGAAACCAAAGCAAACCUCCACGCCGUGUAUUCCAGCUGUGCCUAGUGCACAAAUACUGACUUGCCAAAGGACCACUGCAGAGCAUGCAAUUUGCUGGUGCUUUCAGAGCUGUCCUUAUCGCCUGUCUGUGUGCAGCUAAUGUGAAAUCCUGCUUUAUUAAUGAAUGUACUUCUGGUUUUUGCGGGAAAUGACAGUGGUGUGUGAAUGGUGUGCCUGUUCCCUUAGUCUGCAGUCCUGUGCUCACAGCUGGCAAUCCCAGAGGUGUGCUUGUAGCAGUGGCAGGUGAAGGUGGCUUUUAAAAAAGUGAUGUAAACAUCAAUAUUACAUCGUGCACAUCAGCAUCUCUGGGCUUUCAGAGUGUGUGAGCAGCCAGUCCAGUUCCUCCAUAACACACUCUUGUGAUUAGAAAAUCACUAUCAACACCAAAAAAGUAACAUUCUCUUCAGGUGAAGUUGUUAAAAAUGCACAAAGAUAAGAUGGCCCAACUGCAAGUGUGCAUAGUGGAAACUGAGAGCUAGUGGUACAGUGCUUUCACCUGUAUCAGAAUUACACUGAUCUUGUGGGGAAUCUUCUCCAGAGUCUAUGGACCAAUUUCAUCUGGUAUCAGUGGAGCUGCACCUUUUUAAUCCAUGUCUGAAUUUGGCCCUGACUCUCUCUCCAAGGAGUGGAGGACACAAAACCACCAUUCUGCCACUAAGAAUUUAGCCACCAUUUUGGCCACAACUCUCAAAAGUUUUGUAUGUGUGUGAUCAGACAACAUUUCCAAACGUGCCCUCUAAUUUUGGAUGCCCAGUUUUGAGACACCGUGGGUCUAGAUUUUCAAAAGAGCCGAGCACCCAAAAUUCCUGAAGUCAAAGAGAGCAGCAAAUGCUCAGCAGCAUUAAAACCCAGCCUCUAAGUAUCUAAAUAUUAGUCACUCAAAAGCAGACACACCCAGAAUUGGAGGCCCUUUGGAAAAUGUACUGUUAAUCAUUCUCCCCACCGCCGCAGCUGUACUGAUAAAUCUUCUGUAUGCAGAAGGAAAUAAAGAAACAGAGCCAGA